AUGCUCCGCCGGCCCGCCACGACCCUGACCAUCACGUCCGAAGACGUCGCCGCCUACGAAGAUCGGCGCAUCCGCGAGCACGACGCCGCCGAGGCCCGCCGCGUCGCGGCCCUCAACAAGGCGCACUACCAGCGACAGCAGGCGCAGCUCCAGGCGCAGGCGCAAGCCGAGGCCCACGCACAAGCACAGGCACAGGCACAGGCACAAGCGCAAGCGCAAUACCAGCAGAGCCCGUACGAGCCGCAGACGCAGUCGCCGUAUGCGCCCCAGACGGAGAGCCCGUUUCCAGAUCGACAUCAUCAUCAUCAUCACCAGCAGCAGCAGCAGCAGCAGAGACAAAUGAUGCCGCCGCCGCCGCAGCCGCGGUUCGAGGAGAGCUAUACGGAGCAGGACACGGAGAUGCUUGUCGGGUCGAGCGAGGACGACGACGAGGGGGACGCGGGCGAUCUGGCGGGCGCUGACGGCAGCGUUCGGGGCCGUGGGCUGCGGGGUGCUGGAGGACGGGGGCGCGGGGCGGGCGUCAUGCUCACGCCGACGCCGGGGCCUGAGGGUAUGGCGAGGGGGGGCCGGACGCGGGAAGAGAGGAUCGGGCUCGGGCGGCGGGGGCGGUGA